UCAUUUUUUAGUACUUAUGAAUGUAAAUCGGAACAUUAAAAUCUUAAACUUUUUUUGUUGAUAAUGUGGAUAUGAAGAUAUGUAGAAUAACCUAAAUUGCUUUUUUUUUUAGUUGAAGAAUGAACCUGUUGCAAUUGAACCAAUUUGGCUGCCUGCUAUUAUUGGGACUUUAUAUUCAAUAUGGUAUAGCUCAGAUUGAUCCCGCUCAAGGUUAUGACUGUUCACACAUCUGGGAAAAAAAUAAUGACUCUAUCAGUGGAAUUUACACAGUAAAACCUCUAGGGGCCUUAAUCUCAUUUCAGGUGUUCUGUGAAAUGGGAGCUGAUGGGGGGCUGACACUCAUGCAGAGACACAAUGGACAAGACGGCCUAUUCUUCAACAGAACAUGGGCUGAUUACAAACUGGGAUUUGGGAACAUCUCAGGUGAACACUGGCUGGGAUUAGACAAAAUCUAUAUGCUGACCAACCAGGAUAACAGAACCUCUCAGAUGCUCAUCAGCCUUGGCACCUUUGAUGAAAAUAAUGCAUUCUCCUUGUACAGCUCAUUCAAAGUUGGUCCUGAGAGCAAAUUGUACCAGCUCUCUGUGGGAGAAUAUUCUGGAACUGCAGGAGAUGCUUUUAGAGUGGAGAACAGCAAUCAAGAUGACAGCUAUUUUAGCACCAAAGAUAAGGACAAUGACAACUGUAGUAUAUGCAAGAUUGGCGACAUCAGGUUUACCAGUUGCAGCCAGUAUCAGUCUAAUUCUGGAUGGUGGUUUAGCAGUUGUGGCAAUGCGAAUCUGAAUGGUCAGUGGCGCCCUCAAGAAAAUAAUGUGGGCUGGGCCUCUUCAGUGUACUGGGGGACAUACAGAGUAACAGAAUCACUGAAAUACAGCAUGAUGUUUGUAAGGAAUUAUUGAUCUUUUCUUAUGCUUUAUGUUUUUAUAUUGGAACAUAACAUGCACAUUAGGGGUAGAAAAAAAUCUUUAACUGUAAAUAUUUGAUAACUGUAAAGAUUUGAUAUAUUUUGCAAGGAUCAUUGCAAAGUUUUUAGUUUUUUAAAUGUUAUUGCUGAAAGGAGAACUAAACCCUAAAAAUGAAUAUGGCUAAAAAUUCCAUAUUUUAUAUAAUGACCUUAUUGCACCAGCCUAAAGUUUCAGCUCCUCAAUAGCAGCAAUGAUCCAUGAUUUGAAACCUGUCACAGAGGGUCACCAUCUUGGAAAGUGUCUCGACACUCACAUGCUCAGUGGGCUCUGAGCAGCUGUUGAGAAGCUGAGCUUAGGGGUUGUCGCAAAUUAUCAAGCAGAAAAUGAGGUUAGUCUGUAAUAUAAACUGAUGCUACAGGGC